AUGCCAGGACAGGGGGGUGAGACUGGGAGCGGGCGAUCGAAAAUCCGCUUAGAAGAGCAUGAAGGUUGGACAAAGAUAUCUAUGAGACCCUGCUCUAAUACUGUUUCGCCCCUACUCGGAGAAUUGAAAAAGCCCGCCUGGCCAGAAGCACCUGAGCCAAUGCAGGACCGGAUAGUCCGUAUCUCUGAGGAUCUACACGAGAUAACAAAGUUCUAUAACAUCGAGGGCUCGCCAACGCGCUAUGCGAGACUAUCCGAGUUCUUCGGGACCGAGCUCGCGGCAUUGUCCGAGGCGGCCUUCUCCUCAUACUCUCAAGACGAGAAGGUCGACUAUAUCCUUCUGAAGAACUUCUUGUACCGCUCGCAGCGCAAUCUGAAACUCGAUCGCGAGCGAGAAGCGGCAUUCGCACCGUUCGUAGAGCCCUUUGCGGAACCGAUCUGGAAAUGGUGCGCGAUAAGACAGCGCCAGCGGCUUGAGGAGGUCUUCGAACCCCAGACGCUGGCUGACAGCCUAUCGCAGGCAACUGAUGCUGUAUCGCGCUCAAUUGCCCAUGUAGAGGAGCAUAGAAAACAUUAUUCACAAGCCACAGGCAGUAGGGCUGCGCGCCGGAUAUGCGAGCUGCGAAAGCACAUAGACGAGACGUGUGACUUCUACUCAGGCUAUCACCCGUCCUUCGAUUACUGGGUCGCCUCGCCGCGCGCCGCGCUCGACGCCGCGCUGAAGAAGCUCGAAAAGCAAGUCCGCGACGUCAUUAUCGGCAGCAAUGGCGGCGAAGACACGAUCGUCGGCGAACCUAUCGGUCGCGACGGAUUGCUCGUAGAACUCGAAGCAGAGAUGAUCCCGUAUUCCCCCGAGGAGCUCCUGAAAAUCGCGGAGCGCGAGUACGUCUGCUCGGCUACGCGAAUUGGCGCGACGGGCCUAGAGUACGUGAAGAAUCUCUACGAACCGCCUGCGACGCAUACUGCGUUCGUGCGCGGUCUGGUGGCGGAAGGCGCGUCGUACGUGAAGAAACACGACCUAGUAACCGUCCCGCGGCUCGCGGAGGAGACUAUCACAAUCACGCGGAUCCCGCCGGUCCGACAGCGCGUAUCGCCGUUCUUCCUCGGCGGACACCGUUUGCAGAUCGCGUAUCCGCGCGCCGACAUGGCGCACGGCGACAAGUUGAUGACGCUGCGCGGGAACAACAGGCACUUCAGCAAGGCCACGGCGUUCCACGAGAUGAUACCUGGCCAUCGGCUGCAGAUGUACAUCGGAGAUCGGUCGCGGCCUUACCGCGCGAAAUUAUUCAGCACGCCGUUCUUCGUCGAGGGCUGGGCGUUAUACUGGGAGAUGGUGUUCUGGGACCGCGGGGACUUCUUCACCUCGCCCGAGGACAGGAUCGGGACGUUAUUCUGGCGCAUGCAUCGAUGCAUUCGCAUCAUCUUCUCCCUGGGCUUCCACCUCGGCCGGAUCAGCGCCGCGGAAUGCGUCGAGCUGCUUGUGCAGCGCGUUGGGCACGAGCGGUCUACUGCCGAGGGCGAGGUGAGGCGGAGCUUGAACGGGAGCUAUCCUCCGUUGUACCAGGCCGGGUAUAUGCUCGGUGCGCUGCAGAUGAUGCAAUUAAGGCGUGAGGCGCUUGGUGCGCGGCGGUUUGCAGAGAAGGAGUUCCAUGAUCGCGUGCUCAAGGCGAAUGUCAUGCCGGUUGAGAUGCUGCGAGCGCUGCUGUUGGAAAAGGAAUUACAUGAAGAUUUCAAAGCUAAUUGGAGAUUCUACGGCCAUGUUUAA